AAUAGUGAAUCGCCAAUAACUGAAUCAUGGAGAAGGGCAUCUCCUACAGUCUACCAAUACCAAAAAGGAUAUAGAGGGCGAGGAUUUCAUGUACCAAACUCAAUGCCACAUCAAAGGCAAGGCAGUCAUCGAAGAUUGGAUUUUGAAUACAUCAUGAAGUUGGCAAGGGACAAUGCACAACCAUCGGAAGUGAUACGUUGUCUCGGCGAUCCCGAAAAUGAUUUAGCUCUCCAACUUCAAGAAAAUUUGAGCAAUGUCGAGUAUUUGGAAAUUAUUAUAGUCGCCCUUGGAGGAUUCUGCAUGAAAAAUGGAGCCUCGCAAUUCAGAGACAGUUUCGUUACCGUCGUGAACAUCUUAACGGCACAAAAAAUAUUUGCAUACGUAAUUUCAAUGAUCACAAACAUUCCCAUGUCUCGGGCCAAAAAUUUGCCGCCGAAAGAGGAACGUUUGAAACGCCUGACCACCGCGAUCUUUCACCUGACAACCGAAAUGUUGGUCUUGACGCCCGCCUUAAGUUGCCACGCGUUGGGCGAAAAUUUCUUCAGUGAUAUCAUUUCAUUGAAGGCCAUGCCUUCAAUAAAAAAUUUGAACGUCGCAGAUGCCUUUGAUGUUCUGGAAGGCGGGAUUCAACAGUUACAGACGGCAUGGAGUCAACACAUCCCCGUUGUAGCGAACAAAGACGAACGCCGCACUCGCAGGGAAAAGUAUCUGGAAGAAUUGAUUCUACAGGACCCGCCCAAUGAUUUCCGGACGCUGAAUGUAAUGCCUAAUUGGGAGGAUGUGUGCAUGGAUUUUGAGCCUUUCCUCCGUCCGAACAUUGUUAAGGGCAAGUAUCCAAACAUUGCGACCUAUCUGGACAUUCAAUUCCGCCUACUACGCGAGGAUUUCUUUAAUCCAUUACGCGUUGGAUUACUGGCGUACAAAAGCCAGACGGAUAAGAAAUUUUCACGGAUACGAAAUCCGGAUAACAUUCGUCUUUACUAUGAAGUUCGAAUUCUGGAAUACCAUAUGCACGAAGAAUGUUAUACGAUUCAAUUCUCUAACGCCGGAUUAAGGAGAAUCGUCUGGGAGCACAGCAAACGGUUUCUUUACGGAUCGCUCCUUUGUCUGUCCUCAGACAAUUUUAAGUCAUUCCACUUGUUCACGGUUUUGGAUCGCAAUCCGAAACUUUUGGAAGAAGGCAAAAUAAAAGUCAAAUUUGAAGGCGGUACAUUAUCGGAAGCUCUCAAAAUGCAAACGUUUGUCAUGGCGGAAUCAACAGUGUUUUUCGAAUCUUACCGAAGUAUCCUAACAGCUUUACAACGGAUCAGUCCUACUAAUUUUCCGUUGGAAGACUACAUACUCGGCCGAAAUACUUCACCAGUAGUUCCUGAUUACCUCAAUAGGUACCUCAAUAGGAAAAAAGCUCUCUAUGAUUUGACGUGCGUACCAAUGCAUGUGCCAAGUGAUGAUAAAGCAGGCAAUUUUAAAGUAGCAGAGAUAAGCGUUUAUGAUGACGAUUCCUCUAUUUUACGGUUUGCAGAUGAGCAAGGAGGCAAGCUCCGCGAGCAAGAAGUUCCCAUUCUCGAACCAAGCUUACGUCUUAAUGCGAAUGAGCUGGGACUGGAUCCUAGUCAGUGUGCUGCAUUGUACGCAGCGUUGACGCAAAAAAUUUCUGUGAUUCAGGGUCCACCAGGAACUGGGAAAACGUAUUUAGGUCUGAGAAUCGUCCAAACUUUACUGAAAAACAAACAGUACUGGAAUGUCAAACGAUAUGCGCGAUCUUCGCCUAUUUUGGUUAUUUGCUACACCAACCAUGCUCUAGACCAGUUUUUAGAGGGCAUAUCGGAAUUUACUCGCAAGAUAGUGCGCAUUGGUAGUCAAAGCAAAUGUGCGGCCCUUGAGCCUUUUUCGUUAAUGGCCUGGAAGAAACAGCCAGGGCGAUAUUCACACGGGGAUACCAGAAGAUGGAUUUUCGAAAUAAAUGACCAACUACGUGAGAUUGACAAGGAACGAGAUGUCCUCCGCGGUGUUAUGAUGGUGAUGCAUUCACGUGGACUGAUUCACGAAGAUUCACUGCUGUACAUGAAAAUCAUUCCAAAAUCUCUGCACAGUGCAUUCGAGGCUUUAAAGCAUUCAAUGGUGAGAUCCGGCAACAGAGAUUGGACAGCUUUGGGAUGUUGGCUCGGAAUUUACAGGAACGAAGAUCUUCAACAGCUUUUCAACUGUUUUAGUAAAAAUAGUUCUGAAAAGCAUCAUGCUACGAAGAAUUUGCCUGUAGUUUCACCAACGGAGGAAAACGAAACAGCAGACGAUCAGUGGGAUAAGGAACUCAUUGAAGAAAUCCAAACUAAUCGUAAAGUAGAAGACGACGACCACUUGGCGUCUGUAAAAGCGCAGGCAGUCGAUAGACAUUCUAAGCCAGAAGAUGAAGCCCUUAAAAAAGUGUUUGUGAAGUUCAGCUACAAGUUCAGCGAAGACGAAACAUUGGUUAAGCAGUUCAGAGAAUCAAUGGAAACUAUGGAAGAAGAAGAUGCAGCUUGGUAUGAAUUUCAUAUUCGAGACUUGCAGAACAGAAUUUUACUUCUGCGCCAGGUGCUUCAGACGGUUCCUACGCUUAAAGAAAAGCAACUCGAUGAGUUGUACACGAACGAUAUAAUGCGAAUCCCGUUGCAUAUUCGUUGGAUGAUGUACAGUUCCUGGAAAGCCAAAGCUCUGGACAUUCAAGAAAAGCGAAUUACCAAACUUGAAGAGAGCUAUGUGAAACAUGCAACACGAUUAAAAGACGUUCGAACUCUGGAAUCGGCUGAGAUCUGCCAAAACGCUGAUAUUGUAGGUUUGACUACAACAGGAGCAGCUAAACAGAGGGCCCUCCUAAACCAUCUCAAACCAAAAAUAGUUGUUGUCGAAGAAGCAGCGGAAGUUUUGGAAGCCCAUGUAGUUUGCGCAUUGUCAUCGUCGUGUCAGCAAUUAGUUCUCAUUGGCGACCAUCAGCAACUGAGACCGCCGGUCACGGUCCAUCGUCUAGCCAAAGAUUUCUUUCUAGACGUUUCGCUGUUCGAAAGGCUGAUCAAGAAUGGGAUGGAGCCUUGCAUUUUGGGCGUUCAGCAUCGUAUGCGUCCCGAAAUAGCUCGUUUAAUUGUCCCUGCUAUUUACCCGACGUUGGAAAAUCAUUCUUCAGUUCUGAAUUAUCCCGCCGUACGAGGGUUGGCGUCAAAUAUUUUUUUCUUGACACAUUCGGAGCAAGAAAUAGGAGAUCACGAAGGCAAAAGCCAUUUGAAUCCGUAUGAAGCGCAGCUUUCCCUGGCUCUGGCUCGACAUCUCAUUAUGCAGGGAUAUGCGCCCAAGCAAAUUACAAUCCUCACUACGUAUUCCGGCCAACUUCUUCAUUUUUUCAAGAUACGCCGAGAACAACCAGCUGUUCAGUCUGUUCGCAUUUCUGUAGUGGAUAACUUCCAAGGUGAAGAGAAUGACAUCAUCAUAUUGUCCCUUGUGAGGAGCAAUGAGGAUGAAAACAUAGGAUUUCUUCGCAUCGAGAAUCGUAUUUGUGUGGCAUUGUCAAGGGCUAAACAGGGAUUCUAUAUGAUUGGCAAUAUGCAAAAUUUGCAAGGGAAGAGCAAAUUGUGGAAUGGUAUUAGCAAAAUGCUUGAAACGAAUGCGCAACUAGGACCGGACUUCGAUUUGCAAUGCCGCAUUCACGACGUUAUAACAAAAGCGCGUAAAGUGACAGAUUUUCCACCGGAAGGUGGAUGCCUGGAGAAUUGUGCUGUAACUAUGGGUUGCGGGCAUGUUUGUCCAAAGAUUUGUCAUGCUAGUGAUCGGGAACACACUCAAUUCAAGUGCAAAGAAAACUGCACCCGUUUUUGCCCUGUGGGACAUCCAUGCCCAAAGAAAUGUUUCGCAGAUUGCAAUCCUUGUGUGGUGCGAGUGACAAAAAAACUUCCCUGCACCCAUGAACAAAUCGUAUUGUGCUAUAAAGACCCAGCCAAAGAAUUUUGCCAGACACCUGUUUGGAAGAUUCUACCAGCUUGUGGCCAUGGAGUUGAUUUAUUGUGUGGAGCGUCUGUUUCGGAAGCUGUAUGUCCCGAACCUUGUGGAAUGACUCUCGAUUGUGGCCAUAUUUGCCCACUUUCUUGCCACAAAAGGAGCUCCCAUGCAAACGUGAAGUGUCAAGAGCCUUGUCAACGUCAGUGUUCUGAUCAGCACCCAUGUACGAAGAUGUGCUUCGAAGAUUGCGGCAAAUGUCACGUCAAAAUGACGAAAACUUUGCCAUGCGGCCACAAGGCGGAAGUGGAAUGCAGCGAGCCGUUAGGGAACGUCAAUUGCAACGUAAGAGUCAUGAAAACUCUUACAGAGUGUGAACACACAAUUGAAAUUGAAUGCAGUAAAUCGACUGAUGGCUAUAAAUGUAAGAAGCCGUGUGAAAAAACAUUGUGUAUCGAUGGCCACCCAUGCAAAAAGCGCUGCUUUGAACCGUGCGGACGCUGUUCGGUCAGAAUGGAAAGGCAGCUUAAAUGCGGUCAUUCGGCCGUUCUGGAGUGUUAUGUGGAUCCUAUGACGGUUAGAUGUCGUAUCUUAAAAGAAGGAUGUCUGUUACCUCUGUGUGGUCAUCGAGUGGCCCUUCAUUGCGGGAAAGACCCGUAUCAAGCGGUUUGUCCUCGUCUUUGCAACGUACGGCUCGAAUGUGGUCAUAGUUGCACCUUAAGAUGCCACACUCGUAAGGAUCCAGACCACCAGGAAUACCAAUGUAAGAAACAAUGCGGGAAGACGAAACAAGGCUGCAAAAUGAAUCACAAGUGCGGCAAGAAGUGCUUUGAGGACUGUGCCCCUUGCAACGUGAAAUGGAAACGAACUUUGCCGUGCGGGCAUUCAAUUUUUACCGAGUGUUAUCGCAACGACGAAGAUAUCUUUUGCCCGAAAAUAAUGACAAAGGUUAUCCCGGAAUGCGGACAUGAAGCGCAAUUAGAAUGUUCCACUGUACCAACUCGGCUUCUUUGCAAAGAAGUAUGUAAUUUAACGUUGCCUUGCGGUCAUGCAUGCAAGAAAAGAUGUUGCGAACCGUGCAAUCAAGCCGAUUGCAACGAACCGGUGACAACCUCGCGAUUGAAUAUAUGCGGUCACCACGUCACGUUGGAUUGCAAAAGCUUUCAUGCAGUUGACGGAAUCCCGACCGAAAUCCAAAUGCAGUCGCAUCUGAGAACCUGCUCGAAACCGUGUAAUGCCACGCUUGAUUGUAUGCAUCGCUGUAAGGGCACUUGUGGCGGAUGUUUCAAUGGAAGAGUUCAUCGCGCGUGUGAUGACAAGUGCGGCCGUUCUCUCGUCUGCGGACACAUCUGUGACGUCAACUGCAGUCUUACUUGCCCACCAUGUAGAAAGACAUGUGAAUAUUCGUGCUCGCAUAGCAGGUGUCGACAUACGUGUAGCGAACCUUGUAGCGCAUGUCAGGAGCCAUGCGAAUGGAAGUGUCAGCAUCAAACGUGUGGGAAGAAAUGUGGGGAGCAGUGUGAUCGCACUAGAUGUGAUGAGCCCUGCAAUAAGAAGUUGCCGUGCGGUCAUUCCUGCAUAGGACUAUGCGGCGAAAUCUGUCCACGGCUGUGUCGCGUUUGCGAUAAAGAUCAACUGACGGAUUUCAUUUUACUCGGUAAUGAAGAAAACGACGAUGCAAGAUAUAUUUUCUUACCGGAGUGUGAACACUGUAUCGAAGUGGAAGGCAUGGAUCACUGGAUGGCUACAGACGGAGGGGGCCAAAUUCAGCCAAAAUGUUGUCCUCGUUGUAAGACCACCGUUCGGAUCUGUAUGCGCUAUGGCAACAUCAUCAAAAGUACCUUCGAUGAUAUAUCAAAAGCGAAAAAGAAAAUUUUGCAGUUGAAAGGCAACCCCCAGGUGUUCUUCGAAAGGGCUACUACACAAGUGAGGAAUUGCUUAAGCCUUAUCAACAAGUGCCAGCCGCUUAACAGUCCGAUCGUCACGUCUGCUUUUGAAAGUUUGAAUGGUAUUUGCCAACAGGUAAAACCAAAGACGAAAGGCAAGGGAAAGAAAGUCAAGCCGUCGAUUGGGUCCGACAUACGUUUUCAAAUCGAAGUCAAUCUGAGUGUUAUCGAGAGAGUGCUGGAAAUGAUGGCAAAAAUGGUUGUGAAGGUUAAUAACCCGCACGACCCCCGUAGACCAUUAGCGUCUACUCCUGCGCCCACGACAACCCAGUCGAUAUACAUGGCCCCGGAAUUACGUGAUGAAUUGCACGCUCUCAUUCAGAAAUUGCUACUUUCUCUGUUUGAGAGAUCCCGGAUUUCCGUAAAAGAACAUCGAACUGUCGAACGUGAAUUGGAGCGAUUGGAAUAUAUUCAAGCUUAUUUUGUUCUAAAAAGCUCUGCACUCUUUCCAACCGUUGGGGUAACAUCGUCUGAAAACCAAGUCAUACAAAAACUUCUAAUGAACAACGUUCGAGUGCUGGAAGAUGGAGGAAAAAUUGAGAUAAAAUCUGCGUUGGAAAAAUUGGGAGCCAAACUGAAAACUGGUCUUGGAAUCAGCGAUAAGGAGCGGAGAGAAAUUGUUUCGGCAAUUGGAUUGGCACAAGGACAUUGGUAUAAAUGUCCCAACGGCCAUAUUUAUGCCAUCGGAGACUGUGGAGGAGCUAUGGAGGAAAGCAGAUGCAACGAAUGUAGCGCUGUUAUAGGAGGGCGGAGUCACCGAUUGCGCGACGGUAAUAGUUUGGCUGCGGAGAUGGAUAAUGCCACUCGCCCCGCUUAUCCAUUCUAAGCAUGAAUUCAUUUUCUUAUUUGCCUCCCUUUUUAUCUCUUUUUUCUUUUCGUUUCAACUUCUUAAUUUUGAUAUAAUUGCAUGUUCUAAGCAUGGGUUUAAAUUUAGAACGCAAGCAAUGGGGGAUAGCAGUUGCUUUUUUUUAAUAAAACACGUUGGUUGUUGAAACUACCAAUUUAUUUUUUCUUCGAUAUCUUAAAAAUAAUCAAUUUGAACUUCGGCAGUUGCAAAAAAAAAUGCAAAUCCCGUAGUUAUUUUGUACUUCCACCCCUUUUAAACAAUUAUCUGAAAAAAUUCGCUUAUGUCUUCCUGGUUCACUGCUAUCUCCCGUAACGAGAAGUUUUCUAAAAAAAAAACCUUGCUUUGCUACCACUUAGUUAAUCUAGUGUAGUAAUUCGUUAACUUAGAAAAGUUGUUUUAAAACGGGGAAAAAUGUAUUGCACGAUGAAAGAUGAAAUAACAUAGAUGUAACGACAACUAGAUCGAAUAUUUUCUUUUGUUAUUGCCCAUCUUGAUGACAAUCGAAUAUCUU